AUGAUCUCGUCGCGCAAUAGAAUCCAGUGUUCGCUGCGGAUGUCACCCAAUAUCAAAUUAAUGGCGGCGAUGAGAUUCACGAGGUCCAACCCCCGGAAACCCGUCACGGCUCUAUCUGAGCGUCCUGAGAAGAUCCAGCAGAAUGAGCGAGCCACGCAGCGGAGCCGUGACCUAUCCGCCGUUGAUUAUUCAGCACAUCAGCAUGAAGAGAACGAUCGGACGGUUCUAGAUGAGCCGCGGGAAUGGGUGGGUCUGGCAGCAUGGAGAACCGCAGCGAUCCGCACAGACACCUUCUGGGGACCCAAGGGCUCGUGCGAUCCCCCAACCGCCUCUGACAGCUCCUGUGUUUCCCCGCGCGGCGCGGAAAACUCCGGGGACAGUGAGGCGUUUCAAGCCCGCGGCGGCGGCGUCGGCGCGGUGGCGUGGGAUCAGAUCGCGCUACCUGCCACGCUGGCGGAGUGCGGGCGAAUGGUGCUCGAGUCGCCCGACCCGCGCGUCAAGAUCGCCGUCACGCACGCCGCGCACCGCUUGCUCGCCGGCGGCGCGGCGACCACAAACGAGGCGGCUGCGGCCGGCAGCGCGGCGACAGCGGCGGCGGCGGUUGGCGUGGCGACUGCCCCUCCGCAACCCGCGCGGCCGGCGCGACCAGAGCUGGUUCACCUGCGAGCAAUGCCCUGCUCCUCCUCCCCUGCACCCUGGCUGGCACACAUGCUUCACAAUCUAGCCCACGUGGAAUCGAACGCCUUGACCUGGCCCAACUUCCCCACCCCUUUUUCACCCCUCUUACCCCUUCCCACCGUUCCCCACCCCUCUCCAGGUUCACUCGCGUGCAAUCCCCAAGCCCGGCCCCGCCUGCCCCUUACCCCGGCCUGCGCACAUGCUGCACAAUCUAGCCCACGUGGAUCUAUCUCCUUCCACACCCUUCCUCAACCCCUUCCACCCCACCCCACCGCUCCCCACCGCUCCCCACCACUCAACACGCUCCCUAAUGAUCCCCCCCAGGUGCACCCGCGGGCAAUCCCCAAGCCCGGCCCCUCCUCCCCGCUACCCUGGCCUGCGCACAUGCUGCACAAUCUAGCCCACGUGGAACUGAACGCCAUUGACCUGGCAUGGGACACCGUUGUCAGAUUCUCCGCUCUAGGGGCGGAGGGGGAGUGGGGGGUGGAAGUGGGGCGAGGGGAGUUGGAGCAGUGGGAGAGGGGGGACGAAGAGGGGGGACGAGCAGAGGGAGGAGGGGAGGAGGAGGGGAGAAAGGAGAGCUCGGAGCAAUCGUGGAAGCUUCCACGUCAGUUCUUUUUGGACUUUGUACACGUGGCAGAUGACGAGAGCAGACACCUGGCGUGGUGCUUGCAGCGACUGGAAGAGAUGGGGUACAGGUGGGAUGCGGUGCAUGCAGCUAUGGUGACAUGCCAGCUCACAACCUUCUCUGGAGGGACUGUGAGAAGUCGGCCAAUCACGUGCAAGACAGGCUGGCAGUCAUUCCCAUGGUGCAGGUACCGCCGGCCAAUCACGAUGCACCUGGGGAUUGUCAGGCAGCAGUCAUUGGCUGGUAGAUGGGCCACGUGGGAUGGCUACGGCAGGGAUGGGGAGAGGAGAGGGGAAAAUGGAGGAGAGUGGGAGAGUUGGAAAGUAGGAGACGAGGAGAGGAAGUCGGAAGAGGAGGAGGCGAGGGGGUUGGACGCGGGGCCGCGGCUGGUGGAGAGGCUGGUGGGGCUGGGAGAUACGAGGAGUGCAGCGGUGGUGGCCAAGAUAGCACAGGAAGAGGAAGCGAGGGGGUUGGACGCGGGGCCACGGCUGGUGGAGAGGCUGGUGGGGUUGGGAGAUAACAGGAGUGCAGCGGUGGUGGACAAGAUAGCCCAGGAGGAGGUGGCACACGUUGCUGUUGGGGUGGCGUGGUUUGUCUGGGUGUGCGAGCGCAUGGGCGUUGACCCACAGAUGUCGUUUACUAGUGAGUUGGUGGGGGUGGUGGGUGGGAUUUACACCUUGAAAGCGCAGGGUGGGCCGUUCAACCAUGCAGCUCGUGCCACUGCUGGCCUGCCACGCCCUUGGUACGACCCCCAACCACCCGCCACUGCUGCCCCUCUCGAUACAGUCACAUCAAGCACUGCCACUGACACAACUGCUCAAGUCACACCUGCUUCAGUCACACCUGCUGCAGUCACACCUGCUGCAGUCACACCUGCUGCAGUUACAUCAGCUCAUGACUCCUCAUUGGAUUCGUCUGGAGGAGAAGGGGCAAAGGAGGGAACUGAAAUGAUGGUGGAAAAAACGGCGCUCGGGGCAGGAAGAAGUGGGCAAGAAAUGGAGAAAGAUGAUGAGCGGGCAGGUGAACCGGGCAGCCCGGGAAAAAAUGCGGGAUCAGCUGCAGAGGAAGGCAGCUCGCAUCGAAGCCCACAUCCAACGGUGUGA